AUGGUCGAGAAGCUCUACGUCACAUACAACGAUGUGCACAAGAUGUGCCAAAAGUCCGCUGAGAAGCUUCUCGCCGACUUCCAGCCCCAGCUUCUGAUCGCCAUCGGUGGCGGUGGUUACGUUCCCGCUCGAAUCCUCCGAUCUUUCCUCAAGAAGGCCGGCUCUCCCAACAUCCCUAUCCAGGCCAUCGGCCUCUCCCUCUACGAGUCUCUCGGCAACGAUGAAGUCGAAGCCCCCGGCACAAAGGUCACCCGAACACAGUGGCUCGACUUGACCUCUCUCGGCGAGAUGAAGAACCUCGUCGGAAAGCGAAUCCUUAUCGUUGACGAGGUCGACGAUACCCGAACAACCCUCGAGUACGCUGUCAAGGAGCUUGAGAAGGAUGUUGAGACUGCUCGUCAGCGUAUGGGCGGGGACGCUCCUGCUCCCAAGACCGAGUUCAGCAUCUUUGUCCUCCACAACAAGGACAAGCCCAAGAAGGGAACGCUUCCCGAUGAUAUGCUUACUACCCGUUACUCCGCUGCUGAGACCGUCGGUGACGUCUGGAUCAACUACCCCUGGGAGGCCAUCGACAUCGACGAGCAUGACAGGAACGCCAGCCUGCAGACCAAGAGCAACUAA